UACAUUUUGUAUGUAGCAAAUUAAUGUAAUUUACACACGUGUGGAUACACUGAUACACUAUGUAAAUCCAGAAGCUUAAUUUUACAUAACUCAAAAAUUUAAAACUUGCCAUAUCCUACUUAAAACUUUAAAAUGAAGUCAAAAAUGCAAAAGUUUUCGUUGGUGAAGAAGCAGCUGGCCCCCACGAAAAGAAAAAAAAGUUUCAAGAAAAUUCAAGAGAAACGUCACAAAAAGAAAAACACAGAUGACCCUGAAAUAGAGAUUUUAAAUUCAAGACUGUGGCCUACAUUUGAUCAGCCUAAAGAAGAAAUUUUACCUGCAGAUAUUAAGGCCUUUACAGAUCUUCCUAUCUCUAAAAAGACUUUGGAAGGGCUUAAGUCUCAGAACUUCACUACACCAACUGACAUACAGAGGGAAUCUUUGAUGUAUGGACUUAAAGGCCAUGACAUUCUUGGAGCAGCUAAGACAGGCUCUGGGAAAACCCUGGCUUUUCUUAUACCAAUCUUAGAAUGCCUUUUUAAGCAGCGCUACACACCAAGUUUUGGUAUGGCAGCCUUAGUUAUCUCCCCUACCAGAGAGCUGGCUUAUCAAUCUUUUGAUGUUUUAAAAAAAAUUGGCAAGUUCCAUGAUCUGUCUUUUGGGCUAGUCACAGGAGGAAUGCUUUUAAAAGAAGAGGCUAAAAAAAUGAACAACACAAAUGUUAUAAUCUGCACACCUGGGCGGUUGCAGCAACACUUUGAGCAGACACCAAACUUCACAGCUGAUGAGCUUAAAAUUCUAGUUCUGGAUGAGGCAGACAAAAUUCUCCAUAUGGGUUUUGCAGAGACCAUGAAUGCCAUAUUAGAAGCGUUACCUAAGCAGAGACAGACACUUUUAUUUUCUGCCACUCAGACCAAGUCCGUGAAAGAUCUGGCUAGACUCAGCUUGAAGAAACCAAUUUAUGUAUCUGUUCAUGAGAAAGCUAAAGAAACAACACCCACAACUCUAGAGCAGCGCUACAUUAUUUGUGAAAUGCAUGACAAGGUGAACACACUAUGGUCAUUUAUCAAGAGCCACAAACACUCAAAGAUUUUGGUUUUUCUCUCAUGUUGUAAACAGACUCGUUAUUUAUAUCAAGCAUUCAAGAAAAUGCACCCUGGUUUGACAAUAUUGUGCUUACAUGGCCAUAUGAAGCAACACCAGCGCAUGGAAGUCUACAACAGUUUUUCACGCAAGCAGCAUGCUGUCCUGUUGGCUACAGAUGUUGCUGCGCGUGGUCUUGAUUUCCCUGUGAUAAACUGGGUGGUACAAGUGGACAAGCCUGAAAAUGUUGACACUUACAUUCAUCGUGUUGGUAGAACGGCAAGGUAUGAGAAGGUUGGGGAAGCAUUGCUCAUGUUGUUGCCUGCAGAAGAAAAGAAAAUGGUGGAAGACCUGGUGAAAAGAAAAAUCCCAAUUGUUAAACUCAAAGUCAGCAAAAAAAGAAUCUUUGAUGUCACAAAGAAAUUAGAAAGUUUGUGUGCCUCUGAUAAAGACUUUAAAGAUAAUGCACAAAAGGCAUUUAUUUCUGUGAUGAAAACGCUGUAUGUGUUGGAUAAACCAUGUUUUUCAAGUGUUGAUCGGGACGCUUUUGCUGCUUCACUUGGCCUUGUCCAGAGUCCAAAACUCCCAUUCCUAGAGAAAGCCAUAAAAAAAUCUCAAGCACCCACAAAAGAUGUCCAGAAAGAGAGUGAGGAAAGUGACAGUGAAGAUGAGGAUGAUGAAAGUAGUGAAGAUGAUAGUGAGGAUGAGGAAGGAAGUGAAGAGAGGAGUGAAGAUGAGGAGGAGAAGAAAGCAAUGCUACAGCAGAAAAAAACUUUAGAUUUUGGUCUAGCUAGUGACAGUGAAGAGGAAGAUAAUAUUUACAAAGUUGUUAAAGAUGUGCAACCUGAGGGUGAGGAGGAUCAAACUCAGGUGAAUGGAAUUCAAGAGGUAAAAUCUGGUAAAAAGAAGUCGAAGGCCAAGGAGAAAUUAAAACUUCUCAAAUACACAACCAGGAUUAUGUUUGACGAAGAAGGAAAUCCUGAAGGGAAGGAAAGUGAAGAUGAAGAUGUUGGCGGAUUAAACAUAGAGCAAGCCAAACAGAGGAUGAAAGAGAGGGAUAAAGUUGAUAAGGAACUGCAGAGACAACGCAUCAAAGAACAGCACAGGGAAAAGCGUUUGAAAUUGAAAGAGAAAAGACGUCUGGCUGAGCUUGAAAAGAGGGGCGAGCCUGCUCAAGAGCCGCAAGUGGUGCUAGGAGAUCCAGAGGACAAUGAUGCAAUGGAGGAGGAGCAAGAUGAUAGUCAGAUAAACGAGGGAGACAAAUCAGAGAAUGAUGAAACAGAUGGUGAUGAAUCUGGUGACGAUGAAACCGGUGAAGAAGAUGAUGAAAGUGACAAUAAUUCUGAAUCAGAUGAACCUAAACCAAAGAAGCGCAGGUUAAAUAUAGGAGGCAAAGCAGAAGAUGAUGGUACAGAUGAAGAGAGUGAUGUUUCCAGUACAAAAGAUGAUGGUUCAAGUGAUGAGGAAGACAAUGAAAGUGGUUUAGAUGGCUUAGAACAAGAUGAAGCAGCAGUGUUAGCUCUCUUAGGAAAAAGCUGAUUUUUAAACAUUUUCAAAUCCUUGUGUCCUUGUCAAGAAACUUGUAAAUAAACUACCGGUAUUUGAAUA